GAAGUAUCCACAGUAUUCUGAUCACUUUAGAUAUACGGCAUAACCAUGUUCUCAGUUUCUAAGUUUGACAAGGAAUGAGAAUGGAAUCUUCCGAAAACAAUGGUGCAGAUGACGACCGGUCUACGAAACCAGACGAAACACUCAAAUAUCAUCUUCUUGGGCCCUCACUGACCAAGGCUGGGCAGGGUACGGUAGAUCAACAAAAGGUAUCCGAAAUCAUAUACAACGCGUCAAAGGGCUCCAAGUUCUUUACUCAUGAAAAAUUUCGCGACCAACUAUUAACGACAAAAAUCGAGCGAAUUCUUGCUCAAAAGCAAAAGCUAGAAAAAAAUGAUCUUUUAUUAUAUACCCGGCGGGCGGACGAGUACCUUGCUGAGCUUGAAUUGGGACGCGAUCUCUCCCAGACCGUUGUGCAUAUCGACUGCGAUGCAUUCUUCGCGGCUGUUGAGGAACUUGACCGACCUGAACUACGCGAAUUACCCAUGGCUGUUGGUAAGGGAGUUUUGACGACUUGUAACUAUCAUGCGAGGAAAUUUGGCUGUCGAAGUGGUAUGGCUGGUUUUAUCGCAAGAAAGCUCUGUCCAGACCUCAUCCUAAUUCCGCAAAAUUAUCAAAAGUAUGCUGCCAAAGCUGAAGAAAUCCGAGCGAUUCUCUCAUCUUUCGACCCCCAAUUUCAAAGCGCUAGCAUCGAUGAAGCAUAUCUGAACAUAACUGCUUAUUGCGCAACCAAUGAGAUUGAGCCAGAGGUGGUUGUUUGCAGGCUACGUAGUCAAGUUAUGGAGCAAACAAGAGUGACAGUUUCUGCUGGCAUUGCACCUAACGCGCGGAUAGCCAAGAUUUGCUCGAAUUGGAACAAACCAAAUGGGCAACACUAUGUUCCCAACGAUCGCUCAAUUAUUAUGAAAUUCAUGUCCGAAAUACCAGUACGCAAAAUCAAUGGCGUUGGCCGCGUUUUUGAAAGGGAACUUGAGGCCAUUGGUGUCAAGAAUUGCAGCGACAUAUUCACACACCGCGGAGUUAUUCUGCCAUUAUUUGGAGAAAAAUGUUACAGAUUCCUGAUGCAGUGUUACUUAGGGUUGGGAAGCACCAAAAUACGACCAGUCGAAGAAUCUGAACGAAAGAGCGUCGGGACGGAACGUACAUUUAGAGACAUAGGCGACAUGGCUGACUUACAAGAAAUGCUUCAGCUGACAGCCCUUGAACUGGAAAAGGAUAUGCUUCGCACGCAAUUCAGAGGCCGGACAUUGACGCUCAAAGUCAAGCUUCAUACGUUUGAAGUAUUAUCUCGCCAAGUUGUGUUACCGAAGGCUGUCUGUUUAUCAGACGACAUCUAUGAUUAUGCGUUUCCAAUGCUGAUCAGGCUGCGCAAAGAGAUGCCAAAUAUGAAAAUACGUUUAAUGGGUCUGCGAUGCACAAACUUGAGUAGCAUGAGGAAGCCAGAUAUUAACUUUUUUGGAGGCACUUAUACUAGUAGCGUGCGGCCUCAAUCCCAUUCCUUUGUUGGUAAUGCGAGCUGCUUUGGAGAAGAGGAGUUCGGUGUACUCAAUAUCGAGGAUACACACGAUAGAUUGCGAGAUUCAGAUGCCACCAGAAGAGAUUGGGACACCUCUCACCGUCCAAAUGGAACCGAUACAGACAGUCCUAUUCCAAACCAAAUAAAUGAGUUGGAUCGAAUCCCAGAAAUGUGGGACUGUCCAAUUUGCAAGAGUCCGCAGCAAGCUGAUAACUCGUCUUUCAAUCAACACUUAGAUUUCUGCCUUUCCAAACAAACUAUCAGAGAAACUGUUAGAGGCACAUUAGAGAAGUCCGGGCAACAACUGACAAACAAACGAAAGUCUGACCUUCCUGCUAACACGAGGGAAGAAAGUGUGAGGAAACGUCCAUUCUUUACAUAA